AUUGCCCCUCCCCCCUUAUCCAUUUCAAGAGACCUCAACACAGAAGAAGAAUAAGUUCUUCAAUCAACUCAGCAAAGCAGCCACUGCUUCUCAGCUUCACUCAGAAUGGCAGUUUCUUCCCUCUCGAUAAGCUUGGCCGCAACCACAUUAUCCACCGGGAACAGGUGCGGCAUUCCCAGUUCGUCCAGCUCGACAAAGCCUCCUGUAUUGAUUCCAACCUUUGAUGAGUGCAAGAACUGUAAGAGAAGGCCACUGCUGCUUGGAGUAGGAACUUUAGCUUUGAGCUUAUUCCCUGCAAAUUCACUCUUUGCUGAAGAAAUACCACGAAACUAUGAAGCCUUUGUGGACUUAUCAGAUGGCUAUUCAUACUAUUACCCCUCAGAUUGGAGGGAAUUCGACUUCAGAGGGCAUGAUUCUGCAUUCAAGGACCGGUAUUUGCAAUUACAAAACGUUAGGGUGAGCUUUAUCCCCACCGAGAAGACGGACAUUCAUGACUUGGGCCCUAUGCAAGAUGUUGUUUACAAUUUGGUUACACAUGUUUACUCUGCACCAACUCAGAUGGCAAACAUAUUUGAUAUGCAAGAGCGAACUGUUGAUGGGAAGAACUACUACACCUUUGAGUAUGCCCUCACAUCUCCAAAUUUCUCUAGAGCAGCCUUUGCAACCAUAGCAAUUGGCAACGGGAGAUACUACACCCUGAUUGUGGGAGCAAAUGAAAGGCGAUGGAAGAGAGUAAGGAACAAGCUCAAGGUGGUGGCUGACUCUUUCAAGCUUCUUGACAUCUGAGAUGACACUGAGAAGGCAGUUUUCAGGUUCAUUUAUAGAGGUGUACUUUUCUUAUCUAGAGGAACUAUUAUUGAAUAUAAAAAUACAAAUAUGACAGUAAAUUAAUUAGAUUUUGUUGAAUUUAUAAUCGUGUAUAUUAAAACUAUUGAACAUAUUGGGCUAUAUUUUAUUUAUUUAUAAAAUAUUAUAAAUGAUAUUGUAUUGUA